CAGGGACAGAGAAGAGAGAGAAGGAGUGAAGACACACUGAAGAGCUUCUGAGAAGAGGACCUUUAUCACCAGAGGACGAUGAGGACGCUGCUGUUGCUGUGUCUGUGUGUGUCCGCCGCCUGGACUCAGGCCGAUCAGGACUACGACGACUAUGACUCGGACGCCAAGACAGCGAAGACUGCGACGGACGCCCCGGCGACCGUAGACGCUCGCGGCCACCGUCCCCUAGCCCGGGACAGGGACACCUACACCCCAAAACGCGUGGCACCGCCCCCUAUCAGCGGCGGCGGCAGGUACCGCGGCCGCCCGACACCAGCUCCAGCCAUAGGACAGCAGCGGCAGGAGAAGGAGAAGCAGCCGGACGAAGGAGGAUGCACGCACGCCGCAGAGGAGAUGGGCGUCUUGUGUCCCAACGGCUGCGAGCUGAAGACCACGCUGCUGAAGCAAGAGAGGAACGUCAAGACGAGCAUUAAUGAACUCAAGCCCCAGGUGGAGGACUUGUCCCGAUCCUCCAACACCGUCCACACCUACGUCAACAGCAUUUCCAACUCUCUGAGGGAGCGGCAGAGACUCGUCACCGACAACAGCAGGGUGGUCAGUCAGUACACAGAUCUGGUGGAGGAACAACAUGCCUACAUUAAGGAGACGGUGGACACUGUCUUUCCCUCCAACAUCAGGGUGUUACAGGGGGUCCUCGACAAGAUCAGGCUGAAGAUCCAGAAGCUGGAGAAGGCCAUCCAGGGUCAGAGGGAGGAGUGCAAGGAACCGUGCAGGACCAAGUGCCCCAUACCGGUGGUGUCUGGUAAGGAGUGUGAGGAGAUCUACCGUCGUGGAGGAAGAGACUCCCAGAUGUACCUGAUCCAGCCUGAUGCCUUCUACCCCCCGUACAAGGUCUUCUGUGACCAGACCACCCAGAACGGAGGAUGGCUUCUCAUCCAGAACAGGCUCGAUGGCAGUGUCGAUUUUGGACGACGCUGGGACGAAUAUCGACGCGGAUUCGGCAACAUCGCCUUUGACGCUGGGAAGGGUCACUGUGAGACUCCUGGUGAAUACUGGCUGGGCAAUGACCGCAUUAGUCAGGUGACCAAGAUGGGCCCCACUGAGGUUCUCAUUGAGAUGGAGGACUGGACAGGUGCCAAGGUCCACGCCCAGUACCGGCAGUUCACCGUCCAAUCAGAGACAUCUAACUACGUGCUGGCGGUCGAGGGUUACUCCGGUAACGCCGGCAACGGUUUCCUGGAGGGAUCCACCGAGCUGUUCGGCGUGAACCGCACGAUGACCAUCCACAACGGCAUGAUGUUCAGCACCUACGACAGAGACAACGACAACUGGAUCCCCGGCGAUCCGUCCAAACAGUGCGCCAGGGAGGACGGCGGCGGAUGGUGGUACAACCGCUGCCACUCGGCCAAUCCCAACGGCCGAUACUACGUGGGCGGAGCCUACACGCGCAAGAUGGCCAAGCACGGCACGGACGACGGCGUGGUGUGGAUGAACUGGAAGGGCAGCUGGUAUUCCCUCAAGGCCAUCAGCAUGAAGAUCCGGCCGUUCUUCGCGCCCAGCUGAUGAACGCCGGAGAACAUCGACACACACACACACACACACAGGAAACCGCCAAAAUAAAA